GAGAUUCACUCGUGUUAAGAACACAUUUGGAUUUCUCUCUUUCAACGUUUUAAAUCAAGCAAAUGAACAAAUGGACGGAGCCGCUCCCUGUAAAUCCACUCACUGCCCCAAAGCUCAGAGACCUGCUCCUGUGUGUCCAACUCCACAGACCUGCUCCUGUGUGUCUCUGAAGAGUGACAAUGACUCAGUGGAACGAGGCAUAAAUUUUAACCCAGAACCUCAUCCACAACCUGCUCCUGGGACCAGCGGGGUUUCACUGAAGAGUGACGUUCCACUAGAAGGAUUGACGGAUGAACCUGUUCCACAAGAGAAGCAGCAGGGUCUUAAAUGUCAUUCAGGGAAUUGUUCUGACGUUUGUGGGCGUAAACUGAAGUCUGACCUGCAGCAGAAGUUUGAGUGUGUGUUUGAGGGCAUCACUCAUGCAGGAAACCCCACACUUCUGAAUGAGAUCUACACAGAGCUCUACAUCACAGAGGGAGAGUUUUCAGAGGUCAACCAGGAACAUGAGGUCAGACACAUGGAAACAGCCUCCAUAACACCAGGCCCAGCACAGAAAACCAUCACAUGUGAAGACAUGUUUAAAGGCCCAGCUCACACACAUGGAGCCAUCAGAACAGUGCUGACAAAGGGAGUGGCUGGCAUCGGGAAAACAGUGCUCACUCAGAAGUUCAGUCUGGACUGGGCUGAAGGCAAAGCCAACCAGGACAUUGACCUGGUGUUCCCGUUCACUUUCAGAGCACUCAAUGGGCUGAAGGAGAGAAGCUUCAGCUUGGUGACACUUAUUCGUCACUUCUUUAGUCAAACACAAGCAGAAACCUGCAGCUAUGAAGACCUCCAGGUGCUCUUCAUCUUUGACGGUCUGGACGAGUGCAGACUUCCUCUGGACUUCACCGAAACCAAGGCCCUGACCGACCCCACAGAGUCCGCCUCAGUGCACGUGCUGCUGGUGAACCUCAUCAGGGGGAGCCUGCUUCCCUCCGCUCGCCUCUGGAUAACCACACGACCCGCGGCGGCCAAUCAGAUCCCUGCUGAGUGCGUCUCCAUGGUGACAGAGGUCAGAGGGUUCACCGACCCACAGAAGGAGCAGUACUUCAGGAAGAGGUUCAGAGACGAGGCCGACACAAUCAUCUCCCACAUCAAGACGUCCAGAAGCCUCCACAUCAUGUGCUACAUGCCGAUCUUCUGCUGGAUCUCUGCCACAGUCCUGGAGCAUCUGUUGAAAAGCAGAGGAGAGCUGCCCAAGACCCUGACUCAGAUGUACAUCCACUUCCUGUUGGUUCAGGCCAAAGUCAAGAACAUCAAGUAUGAAGAAGGAUCUGAGACAGACCCACACUGGAGUCCAGACACCAGGAAGAUGGUGGAGUCUCUGGGAAAACUGGCCUUUGAGCAGCUGCAGAAAGGAAACCUGAUCUUCUACGAGAGUGACCUGAGUGAGUGUGGGCUGGACGCUGCAGCGGCCUCAGUGUACUCUGGAGUGUUCACACAGAUCUUUAGAGAGGAGCCAGGACUGUACCAGGACAAGGUCUACUGCUUCAUCCAUCUGAGUGUGCAGGAGUUUCUGGCUGCUCUUCAUGUCCAUCAGACCUUCAUCAACACUGGGAUCAACCUGCUGUCAGAGAAAACACGGAAGUUUACAAAGUCCAGUUUUGAAAGAAAACUAAAUCGUCUUUACCAAACAGCUGUGGACCAGGCCUUACAGAGUCCAAAUGGACACCUGGACCUGCUGCUUCGCUUUCUCCUGGGUCUUUCACUGUCGACCAAUCAGCACCUUCUGCAAGGUCUGCUGACAGAGACAGGAAGUAGCUCUCAGACCAAUCAGAAAACAGCUGAGUACAUCAAGAAGAAGCUGAGUGAGGAUGUGUCUGCAGAGAGGAGCAUCAACCUGCUCCACUGUCUGAAUGAACUGAAUGAGUGUUAAAUUAUGUGACUGGAGUGUGUUGGUGCUGGGAGGUUGGCACCAGGGCUCAGAAAGUAUUUCUGUGAUCUCACUCUGGAUCCAAACACA